AUGAGUUCAAAGUCUGCUGCUGCUAUUUUACAACGACAAUUCAAAGACUUGACUGACCCCAAAAAGAGAAUCCCAUCAUUUUUCAUUGAAUUAGAUGACGAUAACAUCUUUCUCUGGAAUAUCGGUGUCAUGGUAUUGAACCCAGACUCUUUAUAUCAUGGAGGGUAUUUCAAAGGACAAAUGAGAUUCCCAAGUGAUUUCCCUUUUAGCCCUCCAUCGUUUAGAUUCACACCUGCAAUAUAUCAUCCAAACAUUUAUAGAGAUGGAAGAUUAUGUAUAUCGAUUUUGCAUCAAGGUGGCGAUCCAACGAGCGAUGAGCCAGAAUCGGAAACUUGGUCACCGGCACAAACAGUUGAAAGCGUAUUGAUUUCGAUUAUUUCCUUAUUAGAUGAUCCAAAUGGUAAUUCUCCAGCAAAUAUAGACGCCUCGGUGGAAUUUAGAAAAAACUUUGAAGAGUAUAAGAAAAAGGUACAAAAGGAAGUAGAGAGGUCUAAAAAGGAUAUUCCUCCGGAUUUCAUAAUGCCCACCGAUGAAGCAAAUGCUUAUGAUAAUCAACAGGCCAGAAAUAAAGAAGCUAUCGAUGAACCGGUAGAUGAGGAUUUUUGGUAUGACAGUGAGGAGGAAGAAAGUUUUGAUGAGGAGAGUUUAAUGGAUCACGACGAAGACGAAGAGGAGGAGGAAGAGGAAGAAGAAGAACAAGAUGAAGAUGUUGAUAUCAAAUAA